CAAAAUGGCAUCGUUAGUCUAUGCCGUUUGGAGUAUUACCAAUGUGGCCUCUGUCCAUUGUGCUGCCCGACCGGAAAUCUCACCCUGUACCUGUGAACCCACCUAUGCCCAUAACUAUGUUGAGCUGUUGUGCGAAAAAGUCGAUUCCUUCCAUACCAUUGUCAGUGCCUUGUCGAAUAAAUUUGAACCCUAUGUCAAUGUCAGCUUAAAAAUAACCCACUCUAGUCUGGAGGACUUGGAAAUGUUGUCGUUUAUGGAUAUGAAAAUGAAUUUGAUAAAACUUCGAAUGCAAUGGAACGAACUAAAAUCGGUUCCGGAAUUACCAUUUCGAGGGUUAUCGAAUGUUGAAUAUUUGGGCAUAGGCGACAACGAACUCGAGGAAGUACCCAAACAUAUGCUAAAUCAUAUGCCGGUGGUGAAAACACUCGAUAUUGGAAGGUGUCGCAUACGAUCCGUGCUGCAAGACGAUUUCAAGGGCGUACAAAUGCUUACGAAUCUCUUUAUGCCCAGCAACAAUAUAACGCGCCUCGAUCGCAAUACAUUCCCCCCCAACCUGGUAACAUUGCAUUUAGGUCGCAAUCAAAUUGAAAAUCUCAACGGGACGUUACGACACCUGAACAAACUGGAAUCACUGUUUAUCAAUAUGAAUCGCAUAAAGAGUUUGGAUGAUGAAUUACCCGAGUCGAAUCGCUUGAAAUUGAUAAUUGCUCAAAAUAAUCGCAUUGAACGUUUACCGGAAAGUAUGCGUAAUCUGCAUAAGCUCGAAACUCUAUACAUACAACAGAAUCGUAUUCAAAGCUUGGAUCUUGUCCUCAAGAAUGCCUAUAAUCUAAACGAGUUGUAUGCCUCCAAUAAUCGCAUCGAAUUGCUGGCCAAUGAUGAAUUCCAAUAUGCCACCCAAUUGGAAGAGUUGUAUAUGUGCAGCAAUCAAAUCAAAUCCUUGAACGGUUCUUUGUUGCCACUGAAAAAAUUGUAUAAGGCGAAUUUUUCAUUCAAUGCCAUCGAAGAGUUUUCCAUGGAUGAAAUACGCGGUCUUUUAGCCCUGAAGCAAUUGGAUUUAUCCAAUAAUCGCAUACGGAAAUUAUCCGGCAGUCAGGGCAAUAACAUUGACAAGAGUUCGUAUUUACUUGAUUUAUAUUUGGAUUACAACGAAUUGACAACAUUGGAUGGUGCCCUGAUGGGUUUAAAUAGUUUACGGAUUCUGCGUUUGACCCAUAAUAAAUUGGAACGUAUAUUACCCGAGGAUUUUAUUGGCCUGGAGAAAUUGGAAAUAUUGGAACUGUCUCAUAAUCGUCUAGUGACGUUGCGGGAAAUGCAAACGACAGUGCUACCGAGUUUGAAAAUACUCAAGGUGGACUUCAACAAUUUGACGAUACUUGAUAAGGAUUUCCAUGGUUUACCGGUAUUGUGUCAAGCAAAUUUGACACACAAUCAAAUUAUUUCCAUUUCCCGUGAAUUGGUGGCCAAAACCAGUUGUGUCAAUCACAAUGUACCAGGACGUUUGGAAUUGUAUCUUGAAGAUAAUCCAUUUAGCUGUAAUAUGUUAUUAGAUGAAUAUUGCCCAUUGAUGAAGAAUACCGAGAAACAGUUGAGACUACGCACAAAAUGUUUUGAAGCUUACGAAGAAGUCUGCCAGAGCCGCCAAUAUAUUUUGAUGUUGCCCAGUGUGAAUUUGAGCCAACAACAAGUGAUACCGGUAAUUGUGCCAUCUACGGAGCUUCUGAAAAAAGCCGAUAAUUUGCUGCCACCACUAUUUGCACCAUUGGCAGGGGGUGCUGCCAAUAUUAAGCCUUUAAUAAUUACACCAGCUAUAAAAAUAGUUGAAGCGCCGGUCAUAUCAAUUCCAUUGACCACAACAAGUACUACCACCACGACCACAACAACAACGACGCCGGCUCCAACCACAACAACAACAAGUACUAUUGCCACUACCACUGCAGACACAACUAAUUACCCCCUAAAUGCUGCAAUGCCGAGAUCUACUCAAGUAGAACAAAUGAACGAGACAAAUGAUAAUGAAACGCAAAAUCCAACAAUUGAACUUACCAAUCAUCGUGACAAGCCAUCACUUACGGGUAAUGACCAACUAACAACCACUGCAACAACUCAAAUGCCAACACUUAAUCUUACCUCAUCAGUAGAUGAGGUUGCAGCAGAAUUACCUCAUGAUUCUGUUGUUACACAAAACCCAGCAAUAUUGGUUGUGAAUAUUGACAAUGCAGCCGUCUCAGAUGUACUCCACUCUAAUCCUGUGGCAGAAUCGAAAUAUUCAACCGUUGAAUAUAUACCAAAUCUUGAAAAAAUCGGUGAUCCCCUUGAAGCAGAGUCACCACAACAACCACCGCCGGAAGUCCUCAUCGAAGAGGAUUCCAAAUCGAAUGCGAUACAUGAGGAGUAUCACAACAAUGUUAUGACAGACUAUGGAAGUGCACCACAAAAUUUACUACAGCCGGAUGAGCCGCCUGAAAAUCCAUAAAAAUCUAUUGAUUAAUAAAUUAAUUGAUAUUAACAUUAAUAAUAAUGCAUCAUGUUUAUUACUAUAAUAUAAAAAUAUUACACAUACUAUAAUUAA